AUGGCUCGAGCACCUGGCGGCGCCCGGAGGCGGGGCGGAGGCGGAGGCAGCGGCAGGAGGGACGUGGCGGCGGGCGGGGGCGAGGCGGUGCGGAAGGGGCACUGGACGGCGGAGGAGGACGCGGUGCUGCUGGAGCACGUGCGCGUGCACGGGCCCCGGGACUGGAGCUCCAUUCGAUCCAAAGGCUUCCUGCCGCGCACCGGCAAGUCCUGCCGCCUCCGCUGGGUGAACAAGCUCAGGCCAGACCUCAAGACUGGCUGCAAAUUCUCUGCAGAGGAGGAGCGGGUGGUGCUGGAGCUGCAGGCGCAGUUCGGGAACAAGUGGGCGAGGAUCUCCACCUACUUGCCGGGCAGGACGGACAACGACGUCAAGAACUUCUGGAGCACCCGCCAGAAGCGGCUCGCCAGGCUGCUGGGAACGCCUCUCCGCGGCCGGUCCAGCAGGAGCAGGAACAGGAGCGGGAGCGCCAAGGCGCAGGCGCCUGUUGCCUCUUCUCUGGAGCCGCGACCCGCCGCCGUGGUUCCCUGUCUGGAUCAAGUUCCAUUGGAGGGCAGCUCCUCUGGUGUUCACCCAUGCAGAGCAGCAAUACCAUUCAUGGACGCGCAGAGAGUUCCACUGGAGGGCAGCUCCUCUGGUGUUCACCCAUGCAGCGCAGGGACACCAUUCAUGGACGCGCACAAUGCUGCACUAGCCCCGUACGAUUGGGCAGGCUCCGGGCUUGUCAGUUUCGGUGGAGCACUGCCGCUGGCCUCCGAUAGCCACGCGUGCUCGUCGUCAAACGCUGCCGCACUGCCACCGCUGCUGCCGUUCGACCAGCCUCCGUACCCUCUGCUCGACUUCCCAGGGCUAUCGGCGGCGGGCUGGAACAUGGCUCCAGCUGGGUUCGCCAACGCCGGCGGCGCUAUGGACCAUCUCGCCUACCAGGAGCUGCUCCCGGUGACGCAACCCGCUCCAAUGAUGCUCCCGUUCUUCGGCACGGAGUACCCGCACGGCGGCGUCAAGACCGAGCUUCCGGACGCGGCGCCCGACAACUUCUUCGACGACCUGCCGCCGGACAUGUUCGACUCGCUUGAUCAGCCGCCGCCGCCGCCGCCGCCACCACCACUGUCACCGCCUGCGACGAGCUCUGGAUUUUGAGAUUGGCCUUUCUUAUCACGAGUCCCGUAGUUGCCUAACUUGCCAUUGAGGCAUUGACCAUUGUUUUCUGGUUGGGCAUUUGCCUGUUCUGAGUUCUGACGCUGCUGACCAGUACUAGGCUACUAGCGGCUAUUGAGAGUUGUAGCCUUGUAGAUUGCAGUCAACUUAACUUUUGCAAUGCUUCAAGUUUGAGCUUUGCGUUGGACAUGGAAACUGCAAUGCUUGUAAUUGUAAGCAUAGUUGCAAGAUGCAUGAAGUAUUAAUCACAUGUCUGUGAUGUA